AUGGAUGAUGAAUAUAAAGAUUUCCAACAAAUAGCUAUUGAUAAGCUUAUAGAUCCAUUAGAUCAGUUAUCAGUAGAACAGACAGAAAAUUCACAAGAUGGUGAAGAAUUGAAAUCAUUUACUGAAGAAUUUUUAAAAAAUUUUGAAACAUUCAUGAACGAGCCAUCAUUCUUCACUUUAAUUGACUUAAAUGAUAAAAUUCGAUCAAAUCAAGGCUAUCAGUAUGCAAAUAUCUUUAAAAAAGAUUACAUUCAAAAUGUAAUUUCAUUAUUUUCGCCUACAAUGUCAAAUGAUGACGCCAAUGCACUACUUGACAACUUUAUUUUACUUUUAGAAAUGAAAAAUUCACCAUUUGUUAUUAGAUUCAGCGAUAAUGGAAUUAUUGCAGUUCUUCAACAAAUGUGGGAUAUAUUUAAAGACAAACAACCGCAAAUACUCGACUGCUUUUCAUUUUUGAUCAGCCAGACCCAUUCUGAAUACGCAGAUGAAAUUCUUCAUUUUAUUUUUAAAACUACUAUUUCAAACAUCAUAAAAGCGAAAGACAUUGCUAUGACACAUGCAUCUAUGACAUUUAUUCUCUCAAUGGUCAAAAAUUUGUCACUUACAGAAAAACAAAAAGAAAAAAUUAAAAAUGCAACUUUGGCUGCACUAAAUUACGAUGACAGAUCGGUGUUAUUAAGUCUGUGGUGUAUUAGCUAUUUUUUGACGAAUUAUAUCCAAGAUUUUAAAUUAUUAGGUGGAACAACACUUGCUUUCAGUAUUUUAACACUUAUUCCACAUGAAGAUGAUAAUAUUACCUUAAUAUCUCUUGAAAUUUUCAGAAAAUUACUUGGAAGACCAGAUACUCAUUUUUAUACAUUUCCUUAUCCACAAGUCUUUGAAAAAUUGAUAGAUCUGACCAACCAUAUUUCAGAACAGGUCACAAUUAAAGCUUUUACUGCAAUUAAUGCAGCAAUCAAGCACUAUCCCGGAGCUCCUGAACAUUUUCUUAUGUUGGGAAUCAUGGAUCAUCUUUCUGAAUACAUGGAGACAGCAACUUCUUCAAUUAAAGAAAUUUCAUUUGUAAUAUUUUCACAACUCUUGAAUUUCACCAUUCCAGAAGCAUCUAGAGACAUGUUAUUAGAUCCUAGGCUCGAAAUGUUCACAGAUUUUGUUUUUGAUACAGGUGGAAGAAGGUUUGUGUUAUUUGUCAACGCACUAUUAACUGCAUUGCAUAAAUGCGAUUCUGCUUCAAUUGGAACUGAGCCAAGAGAAAGAAUCGCGCAAAUGAACAUUGUUCAGAAUAUUGAUGAAAUUUACAACAGUUUAAGCGAUGAAGGUUCGAAACUAGCUGAUUUAUUCUUAAGUGAGUUUGAGACAAAUGAAUAA